ACUGGAAGCGAAGCCGCCCGGUGGCGGCGGCUGCGGCUGCUGCGCAUCACGGGUCACAUCAUCGCGGGGGCCGCCCGCCCUCCAGCCCUUUCCGCGCCUGCUCAGUGGCGGCGGCGCUCACCUAGCUCCGGAGCUGUCACCGCCGCCGGGCUGCUCCCUCCCCACCGCCGCGAUGGAGCGGGACCCGGGGCCGCCGCCAUCGCCCUCGCCCAGGAUAUUAUCCACAGAAAACAAUGGGAAGUCUGUAUCCUAGUGCCUCAGUUAAUAAGCAGUUCAUCCCUCCUUGGUGAUGACAGUGGAAACCCCUAAUCAGGAUCCCCAACAGUACAGUUAGGACUCAUCCUGAUCCAAUCUUGCUUAUGGAAUUGUUGAAGAUCUGAGAUCAAUGAAAAAGCAUCUUUGCAUGCAGAAAAGGAUCCUUUUUUUUUGUUUGUUUUAAAAUCAUCAAGCAUGGCACUUAAUGACUCAUCUACAAGAUUUCUUCACUGACAUCUGAAGAACAAAGUGCUUUUCAACCUGUACUUCUGUAGCACUAUGACUAACUGUAAAGGCAGAUCUACCAUCUCCAAAACAAACCACAAAGUUCAUGACAGAGAACGUUUUGUAAACUGGACCAUAAACUUUAAUACAAUUCAAUCCGAUAAGUUUUUGAAGCUCCUUUUGAGUAUGGUUCCUGUUGUUUACCAAGUAAACCAGGAUGAAAGACACAAGAAAGUGAAUGGUGUCUGGCAAGAUGGAUUACAACCAGCAGGACACAAUUUUAAUGUUAGGUCUGAACAACAUACAGAAUACCAUCACUUCUCAGACCCAAGUUUUCAUGGUAGCAAUGGACACAGCCCAUCUAGCUGUAGCCCUAAAUAUGAUGAUUUUACCAGUUACAAUUACUGUGAUGGAAUGGGCACUUCAGAAACAGAUGCCAUGUUGCAGGAAGACAACCUAUCUACUGACAGUAAUGAAGAUAUCAUUGUGGAAGGAAGUACAAAACAACCCAAAGAAUCUAGUAGUAUUAUGGCAUUACAGAUACUCGUACCUUUUUUGCUAGCAGGAUUUGGAACUGUUUCUGCUGGCAUGGUUUUGGAUAUUGUACAGCAUUGGGAUGUGUUCAAGAAUGUUACUGAAGUUUUUAUCUUGGUUCCUGCACUUCUUGGUCUCAAAGGAAAUUUGGAAAUGACCUUGGCAUCCCGACUGUCAACGGCUGUAAAUAUUGGAAAAAUGGAUUCUCCCAUUGAGAAAUGGAACCUAAUAAUUGGCAAUUUGGCCUUAAAACAGGUUCAGGCAACAGUAGUUGGUUUUCUGGCAGCAGUGGCAGCGGUUAUAUUAGGCUGGAUUCCAGAGGGCAAAUACCGCUUUGAUCAUUCUGUCCUUCUGUGUUCUAGCAGUGUAGCAACUGCUUUCAUAGCUUCUCUUUUACAAGGAAUAAUAAUGGUUGGAGUUAUUGUUGGAUCAAAGAAGACUGGUAUUAAUCCUGACAAUGUUGCCACUCCUAUAGCAGCAAGUUUUGGAGAUCUUAUCACUCUUGCUAUACUAGCAUGGAUAAGUCAGGGUCUUUAUAGUUGCCUUGAGACAUAUUACUAUAUAUCUCCUUUGGUUGGUGCCUUUUUUUUGGCUCUGACUCCGAUGGGGAUUGUCAUAGCUGCCAAACAUCCAGCUACCAGAACUGUUCUCCAUUCAGGAUGGGAGCCUGUUAUAACUGCCAUGGUUAUAAGCAGUAUUGGUGGCCUUAUAUUGGACACAACUGUAUCUGAUCCCAACUUAGUUGGAAUUGUUGUUUAUACCCCAGUAAUUAACGGCAUUGGUGGUAAUCUAGUAGCUAUUCAAGCUAGCAGAAUUUCUACCUACCUCCAUUUACACAGCAUUCCUGGAGAGUUGCCUGAAGAAGCCAAGGGUUGCUAUUAUCCUUGCAGAACAUAUUAUGGUACAGGAGUAAAUAACAAAUCAGCCCAAGUUCUGCUUCUUUUGGUGAUUCCUGGACACCUGAUUUUCUUGUACACUAUCCACUUAAUGAAAAGCGGCCACACUUCCUUAACUCCUAUCUUUAUAGCAGUAUAUUUGUUUGCGGCUCUGUUACAGGUGUUUACUCUGUUAUGGAUUGCUGACUGGAUGGUGCACCACUUCUGGAAAAAAGGAAAAGAUCCUGAUAGUUUUUCUAUCCCUUAUCUUACUGCACUGGGAGAUCUGCUUGGAACUGCCUUAUUAGCUGUAGGUUUUCAUUUUCUGUGGCUCAUAGGUGACAGAGAUGGUGAUGUCGGAGACUAAUUAUUCCAGUGGGUACUGUGACUUUUCCUGGAAUAUUGACAAGACCGCUCAUUCUGCUUGAAAGUCCUCAAAGUGAUUGUUCCAUUUGGUAUACAUAAAUCAAGUUGACACAGAUAUAAAGCAGCCUUAAUGAUUUAGUUUGGUAUGCUUUUUAAAAAAUAGGAUGGAACUAGCAGGGUACUUGAGACCUUUACUCAGAAACCAAGGUAGAUUGCUGCUAAUUGAAGACAGCUGACUAGAGACAAUGAGGGGCAAAUCAAUCCUUUGUAAAGUUUUAAAUUUUCAAAAGAUCUGGUCUUUUAAAAGGACAGUCCCUCAGCUGUUUUGUGAACCAGAACAAUCUCUAAUUGCUCAUUCAGUGGUAAUGAAGAAGAGAGCAAGACCCAGUCAGUGGUUUGCCUUGUCUUUGCCUUCCGGGAACAAAGUGGGUACAUAUAUUUUCAUUUUACCAGUGAAAUGGUUGGUAGAACCCAGAUUAAUUGAGUUUCAUAGACUUUACCCGAUCAGUUGAUGAUACGUUCUUUGCAAUUUCAGGGCCGUAGCUCUCUGACCAUUGCAGAUUUGAUAUUGAUAACUGUUCUGAUUUGAACCCUGAUAGUCUAAACAUUUUGUCACAAGCUUUAUUUUGUGUAUACUAAUAUGACCAUCAAUAUUUAUAAAAUUAGACACUUGAAAAGCAUCUGCAGGACUGAAUCCUUUUUCCUUGUGCUAGAAAGAGCAAUCUAAUUAUUUUGCUGUUACGAUUUAUUAGAACAAGAGCAUAGUAAAGACAAAUAAAGUGACACUGACCUCAUAAUAAUGAGUGAAUGAUUAAAACUCCUUGUGUUAGAAAGUGUAUUUUCAUUUAGCAACUGAAAAGAUGUUUAACUAACUGAUAUUAAUGGUGUUGUGAUGGCCAUUAUCUUGAUUUUAAUGAAGUAUUUAGAGGUGUUGAUACAAAUGUAAAUACUGAUCCCUAAUUAAAACUUGGGAUAUAAAAUAUUAUGUUCCUUUUUUAGGCACUUAGGAAAUUAAAUAAACUUCUAAAAUUCCAGACCUAUCUUUGUCAUCCAUUUCUAAGCAGAAAUCUCUGUUAACAGGAUUUCUGCUUUCAAACAGUGGAAGCAAUAUGGUCAAUAAGGAAAAUGACUGCUUCUGAAUGAUUUCUCUUAUUUGUAUACCUCAAUAUUUUGAAUAAUAAUACAUUGAUCAUGAGGACUCUGGUUGCUGCUUUGCAAAAAAGUACGAAUUGCUCUGUUGGAAAAUCUAGUGGGAGUUCCUCAUGGGAUACGUUUUUAAAGACUAUAACAUACAUCCUAAAUGCAUAAUUAAAUAAACAACUUGUAUUUUAAAUGUUGUGAUUGAAACGUUUGAAUUUUGAGACUUAAAUUAGAAAACUAAAUGCAUAUAUCAGCAUAUGCUGUAAUCCUGUAAACAUUAGUUGUGAUUUAUGCAUAUAAGUCCUCCCUUUUAAUUUGAUGGACCUACUCAGAUGAAUUAAAUUCUGUGAGUAAGUGUUAAUAGGACUUCUAUAGGUGUCCGUCAAUUUAAACUCUGUGGAAGUUGAAAGUGUUUGCAAUUCUGAAAAUUAAACCAGCUAUUCAGUGCCUACACAUGGAUUUAAAUGCCUGACUUUUAGCUCCCUCCUUUAAACACUUUUAUUUAAACAUUUUUUACAGUUAUAAUAAUAUAGAUGUUGAAGAAAUCAUAUGUAUUAUGUCUUUUAUUAUGUGAGGGAAAAGAUGGAAUCUUUCUAACUUAAGGUUCUCUGACUUUUCUUAGUUUAUAUUAAUGUUAUUUAAAACAGUUUCUUGUAUGUAGCAUUGUGGGAAAUACAACUAUUAAAUUCUUUAAAAUG